AUGUCCCAAAUUGUCGAGCACAUCGUCCUUUUCAAGGUCAAAGAAGAUGUUGACUCGGACAAGAUCGACGCCAUGGUAAACGACCUCAAGAACCUCGGCACCAUCGACCAGGCGCUUUACCUCUUCGCCGGUCCUAUCCACCGUCUCAUAUCCCCCCUCAGCUUCACUCACGUCCUUCAUAGCCGGUAUCGAACCAAGGAAGAUCUCAAUGCGUACGUUGAACAUCCCCAGCACCUUCGUGCCGUUGAGGAAUGGAUGGCUAUCUGGGAAGACGUCAUGGCCUUUGAUUAUAUCGCCGAUCAAGUUCCCGGAAGUCUAAUACCACCUCAAGGAUCCGUUGGGAAGAUCACGUUACUCAAGGUGAAAGAAAACCUCUCGGACGAGGGGAAGACGGAGAUCAUGGAAGUGAUGAAGGAGAAGUCUCCAGGAGCUGAUCAGAUCACAGUGGGACUGGGAGAAACCUUCUCUCCGGUUAAUGCCAAGGGUUUCUCGAUUGCUUCGGUUGCGUAUUUUAAGGGUAUGGGAGAAACUGAGGCUCAUGAUGAGUUGUUGAAGGAGAAGGUUGGUGAUUAUGUCGAUGAUACCAUUGUUGUUGACUUCGUUGUACCUUCUUCCUCAUGA